GCUCUGAUAGGUUCACUGAGUGGCAGGGCCCGACACUCUCCAGUUCCUCCCUGCUGUAUGACAUAAGAAGAAGGACGUGCAGCAAAUACACACACACACACAUACAUACACACCCUAUACUGACAACUGCAUGCCUGAAGAUGACCCUCAAUCACAUCUGGAGCUUUCUCUGCUUUCUGACAGCAGCGUCUGCUGUUACAGUUAAAUACCCGAGCAUCAACGGCUCAGAGACCCUGAACUGCGAGUGUCCGGACCACCAGUGUCAGAAGGUGUACUGGUACCGUUUACUUAAGAACAGAGACACACCGGAGUUUCUGAUGCACACCGACGUUUUUAACAAGGCGAACUAUGCUAAAAACGUUGAACAAAACCGCUUUAAGACUGCUUUCAUCGACUCAACAAAGGGGAUAUUCACACUGCGCAUCACUGGCAUACAGGAGAAAGACGCAGGCUUCUACGCGUGCCUGCUCAUCAGUCAUAAUUCAGCACAGGAUCCCAAAGAUCUGAUGCCUGAAGGAUAUUCCAUCAGGCCUGGAGAAAGCAUCCCCACUCUGCCACCGACAACAGUGAAAAAUCCAAAGCGUGUAAAUCGUCUGCCCAACAUCUGCAAGUCCAACCAUCAGUCUCCGAAAGGUUGCAAGUCUCUGGUCCUUUGGUCGGGCAUCGCUGCUGUCCUACUCCUGGUGGUGAUCCUGAUCUCAACACUGUAUUACUUUAGCAUUUGAUUCUUCUGGAAACAGGACUACCCAAGAAGUGUCGACAUCGCUUUGCUAAAAAGCAGCAGCUGAGAUAAGACGGGACCAGCAGGC